AUGGCCAACAGAGUCUGGGCUAUCACCGAGAGCUCUGGAACGCUGGAAGUCCACCAGGAAGGGACCAGGUAUACUACGAAUGGCAGUCUGGCAAUCAUCCAUGACGAGGUCGAGAAGCUCGAGACGGUGCGCGUCGAGAAGGAGGAGGCGCAUGCCGAAUUCGUGUCCCGGAAAAAAGAAAUCCCCACCGUCUUCGAGUCCAUCUGGAGUCAGGGUGUCCCACAUGAGGGGCUGCGCUUGUACCUGCCACCAGCAACCAGAGUCCGGUUCUAUUUGGACAUAUACACUGAACGAGUUGAUCCAUGCAUCAAGGUUCUGCACCUGCCGACAGACUCGGUGUCUUUCCUGGCAUACGAAGACGUAUCUACAAGAACUUCCAAGGCUCCCUCAUCUCUCAUCUUUGCCGUGUGCUACAGCGUUGCUGCUAGCCUGUCCGCCGAGGAAUGCGAACUGCGGAUUGCCCAGCAAAUGGGCCUGCACCGCGAUGGCAGCCACUUCGCACUUUCGCCCUUUGCCAUUGAGAUGCGCCGUCGGUUGUGGUGGCAAAUCUGCUACUUCGAUCUCAUUAUAUCCGAGCGCUGCGGUAUGGAAUGUACGACGCUCGACAUGAAAUCUGACACGAACUUCCCACUUAACGCCCGCGACAGCGAUCUCAGCCCGACCAUGCAGCAUCCACCAGAGCCCUGUUCCGAGUACACAGAGCUUUGCGAAGGAAGAAACGACGACCUGGCGAAGCGGGCGUGGGAGACGGUUGCAGAUAACAUGGAUAUCACGCCCGACUUCAACUUUGGUGACAUCACUACGCCGUGGCUGGAAUGGCAGGCUAUAUGGGAUGAGCUUGACCGGGAACCGAUGUGGGGGGGAGGCGUGACCUUCAGCCAGUAG